AUUCUAGUGGCAAAAAUUUGGCAGCCAUGACGGAAGUUUUUCCAUUGCAGCAGACGUCAAACAAUGAGCUUUCUCCGGAUAAUAUUCUUCUUUAUGAUGACGACGAUAAUGGAGUGGCCAUUCUGGAUGAUGCAGAAUUAGGAUCGCUUAUGAACAGUUACAGUGAUGAUCAGCCAGUCGUCUUUGCGAAGCGAGGACGAUAUUACAACAGAAACCAAGGUCACACGAAGAGAAACAGUCCUGAGCGACUUAAUCAGAAGAUUGAUGGCUCUCAAAGGGAACUCAUUCACAGAUGGCCGGAUAACCAUGAUGCGAUUUGGCACAGGCAGACGAAAAUAAAAUAUCUCCGCUUAGUAUUUGCCAAAGAGAAUUCCUUAAAAUUAUAA